AUGUUCGCCAAAGCCUUCACUGCUCUCACCGCCAUCAUGGCUACUUCCGUCCUGGCCGCUCCUCAGGCCGCCGGCACCAGCGACAGCGACGUGACUGUGGGCGAAGCUGCCCAGCAGUGCGGGAACAACCAAACCAUCUCCUGCUGCAACUCCGCCUCUAGCGACUCUGCCGACGGCCUGUUGGGCGGCCUGCUCGACGGUAUUCUGGGCGGAAACUGUGUUCAGAUUCCCGUCGCUGGUACAUUUCACUUCCCUCAUGAUUCCUUUUUCACUAACGAUUCUUUCACCUUAGUCCUCGGCGUCCAAGUGCCCCUCAACAAGGCCUGCGGCAACAACAUCGCUGCCUGCUGCCAGGGCGACCAGAACGGCCUCGUCAACGUGCAGUGCAGCCCGAUCUCUCUCCUCUAG